AGCUACUCAAGGACUCAACUUCAAAUAGAAAUAAAAAACUUUUCAGUACAACUAUCACUACGGCAUCCCCGUGUUCAAAAGAAUCAUUGAGCGUGACCGUAUUGUGUUACGCCCCCCGUGGUCGAGUAGGUACUAGUUCAUUUUUCCAAAACUCUUUCACAUAUCGUCUAUCUUCCGCAUAUAAAAUUUUCAUAUUGCAGAACUUCUUGUUCCCCCCCUUCGGAUCAUGUCCGAAACCGCGACCCUGCUGGAGGUCUCGCCGGAAGUCACAAAGACCGCUGAGGUAACGACGUACGGGCGGGAAGUCGUCGGUAUCCUAGGUAGAAACCUCCCCACCCCAAAGUUGUCAUGCAAAUCUGCAUGGUAAACAUGUUUCUCAUGCGGAGCCCGCCCAUGAGAAUCAUUUAUUUCUAGUCGUGUUUCGCAGUUUGUCAUGCUACAAUCAGCACGCUGCGCUCCAUCUGUGAUGCUGCUGAGCUAGCUAAACAGAGGAUCAAUACACUACAAGGCCAAUGAAGAACAUGUCAUGCAUAACUCCCAAAACUUGGCGCUUUGUCUUGCAGAUUUCCAGCAAACUUGAUAACUAUGGGGUUACGAUGUUUUUACAUAUGAUAGUCGGCGAGAUCGAUUUGUUUCUGCACGUGUGCGCGCACAGAGUCGAAGACCAGGAGGACGGAGAGGCGGUAAGGCGGUUGAUAAUCUGAUUGUUUUUCAGUUCACUCAGUUUGCCAUGCUUUGCGAUGAGGUGUCAACACCGGUGUAUAGCAUAUGUUCGAGCAACAAGCAGGAGGAAACAAAAGAAACGACUUCUGAUGUGCGUGCGCUAUUUAAGAAAUGAAGAUUCGAACCAUAUUUGCAACUCAACACCACCAGGUUUUCGGUCUCUUUCCGACCUCGGAGAUCACGGUGCUUCUACUGCAGCAAAAAUAUGAAAUGCAAAUAUCCCUGGAUGUCUGGAAGAUUGUAACUUGUCAUGCUACAGCUGGAUCGUGGAAGAAUUUGUGUUGCAUGAUUACCAAAGGAGGUCCACGACUUUUGAACAAGUUUAGAGGCAGUUUCUGAUGCAGGAAAGGCAUGAUAGAGAUCAUCUCAUAGAACCUGUCAUGCUAGGCCGUGCAUGCCAGACCGCGUGGGUCAUGGAAAACCUGCAUGACAAACCUAGCACUCUUCCAGACCCAGACAUUUUUGCAUUUGAUAAAUAAUCGGCCCAGCUCAUCACGGUGCACUCCGAUAACAAGGAUAAGGUGAUUAUCCUGUGUAAAAACGUCCCCACCCCAGAGUUGUCAUGCAGAUUUGCGAUUGCAGGAACAUUUGUAAUGCGCAGCUCUACGAGAGGCAUUUCCAAAUCCAAUCGUGUUUUGGAAUCUGUAAUGCUGUAAACAGGAUGAGCAGAUGGAUUUGCGAUGCGGUUGUCCGUGCUAACAUGCACUACACUACGGACUGCAACUUGUCAUGCGUGGCGUCCAAAGCUUCUGGAUUUGUGUUGCUAAGUUCCCAACUUGGCUCUGGUGUGGGGACGUUCUCACAUAUGAUAGUGAUGCGCGCGGACACGAACAGCGACAGUCUCGGCAGCUACAUCACACGGAGAUCCUCCAAGUCGCACCAACUUCUGGCCCGAACUUUGCUCUUCCUCCACGCGUUCACCUACGCCGACUUCGAAAAGCUGGAAGGCUGCCUGCGCGAGACCGUGUCCUUCAUAGAGCAAGAAAGUGCAUCCCCCGACGGCGCCAGUAACCGGCUCGAGGGGAGGGAAGCGGUGAUGGAGGAGUGGAGGUUUCAGCUGAAAACCCCCCCGGAGAAAGUUAUCAAGUGCAAAGAUGUCUGGGUCUGGAAAAGUGGAACUUGUGAUGCGUGUCUUGCAUUCCUGGAAAAUCUGUGUUGCCUGAGCAGCAAAAGAGAUGGGCUCUUUGUCAUGCAAAAACGCAAUUUGUGAUGCGUGCUAGGCAUCAGCAGAACUGUCUGAAAAACUUGUCAUGCUUGGCUGCCAUUGCAAGCGCUUCAAUCAUGCUCAAUUCAGCAUCACAGGUUUCCAGACCCAGACAUUUUUGCAGUUGAUAAAAGUGGUACCCGAGCAACUACAGGAGCCGAUGGUAAACCUGCAGGUGAGCCAAAUUUUGGAGAUCGACACCGUGCGAGGCUUAUCAAAUGCAAAAAUGUCUGGGUCUGGAAUGUUGCGGCGUUUGUCAUGCAUAUUUUGCAUGACCCAGGACGUCAGUAAUGCAUGCCCUAGCAUCGCAGAUUUUUAGAGAGGUUCCUGAUGCCUAUUCCGCAUGACAAACGCCCUCCCCGCGUAGCACAAACUAGUCUCCUCUUGCUGAUCAUGGUCAAUCAUGCAAGACAGAUUCUUUUAGAGUCCAAAGUUAGCAUCACAAGCUCCAACCUUCCAGACCCAGACACUUUUCCUUCUGAUAAGGCUGCGUGGUGGUUUACGCGCCGCAAAAGUGUCGUGGUAAGCGUACAAUUUGAAUUUUUGCAUUACAAAUAUUUUUUGUAUAAAAGGAACUGUGAUGCAGAUUUGUUGUCACAAAUCAGCUUUGUGAUGCUAGAAGGCAAAAGAUGCGGACUGUAGUGCUGCCUAGCGUGGGAGUAAGCCUAUGCGUCUCCAGCAUGACAGGAGGCAACUAGACAAGUGGGAAACAGCAUGACAGAUUGCCUGCAAUUUAUGCCGCAGCUUCGUCUCUCGGCCUUCUAGCAAUACAAGUCGAUUUGUGAUGUACUGAGAUACAGCAUCACAAAUUCGCGCGUCUUCCGUUUCCGAUAUGGGGUGGGGGCUUUUUUCACUAUGAUAUGCUAAAAAGCACUAGUCUGGUAACCAAAUGCGCCGGCCCACGAAGCCGGCGGGCGCGCUCUGCGCGCCUGCGAUAUUGCUUUAGCAAACGCAGCGCGAAGGCAGUUGCCGUUACCAUAUAGGGCAACCGCCGGGAGGCGUGAAGGUCAGGGAAAUGGCCAGAAAUGAAGCGGGAGAAGGGAAAAAAAGCGGACCAGAUGGGAAAAUGGCCAGGAGGUCAAAAAUGUCGCAAAAACGGCAGAAACCAAGCGGGAGAAGGUGAAAAAAGAGGAUUUUUGCGGUCUGGCCCACUUCGUAUCUGAAAAAGAGACGGACUAUUUUUUGCUCCGCCCGCUGGCCAGCUGCGUUGGAGAAGCAGGCCCGCGACCUGUUCGGAAGCCUUGGGCCGCUUCGUAACUGGAAAAAGUUGAAAAAAAAUGGCAAAAAGUUGCUAGAUAACGUGGGUGGAAGCAAUCGUCGGAUUUUGUGCAGAUCACCCGGGCCACUUGGAAAAUGGGAAAAGAUGAAAAAUUGCGCAAAAGCGCAAUCCCUUCGCAGGCUUCAAAACUGCCACCCAGGUGCGGGCGGCGAAAAUGUCCAGGCCGCCCGGGCUACUUGGAAACCAGAAAAAGAUGAAAAAUUGCGCGAAAGCGCAACCCCUCCGCAGGCUUCAAAACUGCCAGUCAGCUGCGGUCGGUGAAAAUGUCCAGGUCGCCCGGGCCACUUGAAAACCAGAAAAAGAAAAAAAAAUGCGCAAAAGCGCAAUCCCUCCGCAGGCUUCAAAACUGCGAGGCAGCUGCGGUCGGUGAAAAUGUCCGGAGCCCUUCGGCCACAUAGAAACUUGGAAAAAAAGGAAAAAUUGGCAAAAGUUGAGAACCCCCGGCAGGCUUACAAACUGGCCACCAAAGGCGGUCCGGCGGGCGCGCGCUUGCGCCAUACCAUCGCGAUUGGAGAAAAAAAAAUGCAUUAGAAGCGGGCAGAGGCAUGUCCCAAAAUCCACGUUUGCUCUGGGUUGUGGGCACCAAUUCGGGACCUCCGCCGCGUCUGAAAUGGCCGAUUUUGGUGGCCCAGCAGGGUCCGCGGGUUUGUGGUUUCGCACAUAACUUCCUGGCAAGGGGGCCAGUUUGUCAUGCAGGGGGCUAGAAAGGAUGCCCCGCUGCGAAGGUGGAUGGCCACAUACCUUCUUGGCCAGGAGGCCAGUUUGUCAUGCAGGGGGCUAGAAAGGAUGCCCCGCUGCGAAAUAGCAGACCGGAUUUCGCCUGCAAUGCUUAUCGCAAAGGGCCGCGGACAACUACUGUCGCCCGCGGCGGCCCGCAGGCUCCUGCGAUAAGCUUUGAAUGCGAAUCCGGAAGCCCCCGAUGACCCAGAUACCUUCCUGGCCAGGGGGCCAGUUUCUCCUGCAGGGGGCUUGAAGAAGAAGUAGUGGGACUGUAAUCAAAAAUAAAUAGCGCCAAAGCGCGGCCCGCAGGGCCGCGCUUUCGCCGCGCGGCUGGUUAGGCUUUCGCGCUGGUUAGAUUUUCGCGCACGCAUUUGGUUACCAAUAUCGCCCUCCGGGCGCGACCUUCAUAGAAGGCCGCGGCCGCCCGGACGUCGUGUUCGUAGCGUGUGUGGUCCGAUGUUGUCAUGCAAUGGUUUUGAUGCAAUGAGUUGCAUGAGUACUUACGAUGCUUUUGCUCAUUCCAUACGGCUGCGGUGGUCCUGAAAUACCAGCGCGAAGCAAAGAAGGCUACUAUGCUGGUCAAGGUCGGCAGCGCGGACGGACGAGUGGAGAGCGUGGUCACGGUGAUAUGAGAUGAAAUAGAUUCACUCAGUUAUACGCGAUGUUGCAUGUGAUGCAAUGCCAUUACAGAUUUCUUUUUGCGCCCGGUGACAAAACACGCACAAGAAACUUGUAUCCCAAGUUCGCAGUAUAUUUUUCAACAAAAUAUUAACCACUCACGGAACAUGCGGAAGAUUUCUUGGACAUUUCUCUG